ACACACAAAACCAACACCAAGCCAUUGGUCUCUAAUUCUGGCAAUUAAAAGCUGCUGCCAAGGUCAGAUGGACACGGCCUAAAGAGAAGGACAUGACAUUGCAGAGUUGGGGAAGGAAAACAUUCACCCAGCUCAGGACUCACCAGGCUGGGCCAGGCAAGAGCUGCUGCCUGAGAAAUGCCCCAAGGGCUGGGCCAAGGCUGUGCCGCCCCUGCGGGAGCAGCAUAAAAGCCGGCCCAGCGCCUCUCUCCCUCCCACCCUUCUCCUCAAGCCUUCUCCUGCCUUCUCUGCCCACAACCAGGGCCCCUCCACACCACACCCAUGGCCUGCUACGACCUCUGCCGCCCCUGCGGACCCACCCCGCUGGCCAACAGCUGCAACGAGCCCUGUGUCAGGCAGUGCCAGGACUCCACCGUCCUCAUCCAGCCCUCCCCCGUCCGCGUCACCUUCCCAGGGCCCAUCAUGACCUCCUUCCCCCAGAGCUCCGCCGUCGGAUCCACCGCAGGGGCUGCCCUGGGCACGGAGCUCAACGUCCAGGGACAGCCCAUCUCCGGCGGCUUUGGGGCCGCAGGCUACGGCCUGGGCUAUGGCCGUGGCUUUGGCUACGGCCUGGGAGGCCUGGGCUGCUCUGGCCUGGCAGGCCUGGGCUGCUCCGGCACCUGCUGAGCCUCCUUGACACCACAGCUGACACCCUCUGCACCUGCCCUUCUCACUCUUGCACCAAUAUCUCCUGCAAGCAAAGC